UAUCCAGGGUGGUGUGACGUCAGUGUAAUGUGUUCGCUAACAUUCAUACUUCCGUGCUCAGUUUCAUUUGCACUUUAUCUAGUGCAAAUCAUUCACAACAUUGAAAUGUUAUAUAUUUUAUAGAACACAACGAUGCAUUUAAGGACGGUUUUAUUUUACGUUUGUGCUGCGAGUUUUCUUGCUGUUGGCCUAAAAGAAUUAUUGACCGGCUUCGAAGACAACCGAUGCAGUAUGACCUACAUGUUUGAAUACCCUCAAUACUUGCGUGUACCGCUGCCUCGGCGUGUCGCCAGACUGUACCCGGCAUAUGGUCUCUACCUAUAUGGAGAAGGGCGCUACGCACAGGAGACACGAGAACUUCAUCUCUUUGGUGUGCCGCUGCUCUUCCUGCCUGGAAAUGCAGGAAGUUACAAACAAGCUCGUUCUCUGGGCUCUGUGGCCUUGAGGAAAGCAGAACGCAUGGAAGGAGGUCUCCACUUCAAUGUCUUCACUGUAGACUUCAAUGAAGAACUUGUGGCGCUUUAUGGCGGCAGUUUACUGCGACAAACCCACUUCCUGCACGAGAGCAUCAAGGCUAUCCUAAAACUUUACAAGCACUUAAAGACGCCCCCUCAGAGUGUGGCUCUAGUGGGCCAUUCAAUGGGUGGUGUGGUGGCGCGGGCACUGUUCACUCUGCCCCAUUUCAACACAAAACUGGUCAGUCUCAUCAUCACCCAGGCUUCCCCUCAUGUGGCUCCAGUCCUGGCCAUGGACCCAUAUCUGCUGGAUUUCUAUUCUUCUGUGAGCCAAAAGUGGUUGAAGCAAGCAAACAAGCUGAAGAACAUCACAAUCCUCUCAGUUGGUGGUGGUUACCGUGACUACCAAGUGCGCUCCGGUCUCACAUCCUUACCUUCUUCCCCUCCAGAAGACCCUAAUAAGUUGUCUGUGGUGGUCACUGCAGUUCCGAGGACUUGGGUUUCCACAGACCACCUGUCCAUAGUGUGGUGCAAAGAGCUUGUUCUUGCUACCGUCCGAGCUUUCUUUGACCUCAUCGAUCCUGAAAGCAGACAAUUGACAGAAGACCCAGAGAAGAGAAUGUCUGUACUGAACCAACAUUUCCUUCCACACUCAAUACCAAUGUUGGAAGAGACAGAAGAAGUCUCCAUCAAUGUUGCAGAUGCUGCACAAGUGUGGAGUGAAGUUAACACUUUGCGUCUGACUUACAGCACAACAAAGGAAAUCGAGGUCAGAUACUUCUUAUUUGCCCUUUCAAGUCGCAGGAAAGCUUACAGUCAUUUCUACUGUCGCAACAGUAAUUUGGACAAGAGCAGUUGGGUGUAUGGUUGCACGCACAGGAAUGCUUCUUCAUGCACAGUAGAAAUAUUUUUCUUCACAGUUUGCAUGCAGUGGAUUUGUCAAAGGGGACUGAGCUUCUGCCUCCAUAUAAGGUAUACCUAUCCUAUUGUUAAUGUCACUUUUGAUGGUUGCUGGUGCGUUAUUGUUGUAAUCCAUCCCCAGGUGCUCACACUGAGUGUCAGUGACUUGUCUUCAUUCACUCAUUUGGUGGUUUCAGCCUCCAACCUAAAUGGCAAAAGGUUCAUGGUGGAGUGUGAGUGGCAAAGACAGAAAUCUGUGACUCUGUCAGUUCCUGUUCCACAUGUUCUGUCCUUUGGUUGGACUGUCAGUGAUAUCACCAUCAACCUCACAGGGCUUCUUCACACCAUUGAGCUGCAACACUUUCACCAGGUCUAUCAGGCUUUCAGGAUUAGUGUUGUAAGUCAAUGUAAGGCCCAAAAAGAUAGACUACCCAGCGUCUACAGAAUAAAAGUGCCAUGGUUUUUGGAAGACUCUUUAACAACAGCCAGUGUGCCAUCAGUGACAGAGAUCUCUGGGAUGCUUCACACAUGUAGUCCAGACAAUGUAUCAAGUGUCCACCUUCAGCUCCACACUGCCCCCAACUGCCAAUAUAAGGUGUCAGUCAGGACGUCUUUACCCAUGGUGUUGGGACAGGUUCUGAGGUUCUUUGGCCCCAUGGUGCCAAUGUACACCAGUGUAACGCUUCUCCUGGCCUGUGGGGUUCAGCUCUGCUCCCUCCUGACAUCACGUCGACCUGCAGCCACACACCUGCUGCUGGGUCAAAGCUUCCAACCCCAUAAAGUCAACAUGCCUGUUUACUUCAUCCAUGUCAUAUUGAGUUGUAAAUGGGCAAAAGAUGUAUGGUCACUGCUUGGCCUUCCCCCAAUGGAUGUGGCCCCACCCACCUUCCCUAAUGAGACCGUUAAUGAGGGCAUGACCGCAGCCCUAGAAUGGCCACACCUCCUCCACCCUCUGCUCUACAUCUUUGGGGCAGCUGUUGCAUUUUGGGGCAGCACACUGCUGACAGUCAUCACCCGCCUGAUGUCGUUUAUAUUAGCUGUGCUGCACAGACCAUCCGUCUCAAGUGAGUGUGGUACACUACAACUGCGGACUCAGCUUCUUGUCACUCUGCUUCUGACUGUUGUGGGCGGAACAUGCUGUGGAGCGUUGUCAAUCAUUGCUGCCUUUCUGCUGCACCUGUACAGAGUACUAAGACUACACAUGACUGAAAGGUACCUGAGUCACAUUCUGAAUCUGGUACCUCAGAAGCACAAAGGAAAUGCACAUUCCAGUAAGGCCAAAGAAUGUAACGGCACAUCCGCCCUGCUGUCAGAGUUGGCUUUACAAGAGGCCAGAGAUGACCUGCAGCUUCACCUCACCUUGUGUGCACUCUUCACUGUACCUGUAAUGCUCAGUACACCCUCACUUUUACACUGGAUACGCAACUUGAGGUACUCCUCCCAGCUUGAUCCUGACCCCUGCUGGCCUUACUUUGUACCUGUCAUUCUUGCAUACAUGCUGCUUAUUAGCGCCAAGGCUUCUAAGCUCAGCAACAGUAAACUGCUGAAUCUGACUUCCUUCCUCCCAUUACCUGUGUCUAUCGCCAUGGUGACCUUCUCACCGCUUCACCUGUACAGAGUGACCUAUUUCCUAUUGGUAGUCCUUAUUCCACUGGCGUUGUGUUGUCUGCUCUAACGGUAUUUAGCGGCUGUUGUGAUUGGAGCAGAGCUGCAGAUGUACAUUUGCUUGGUCAAUGUUUGCAUGAAGACCUUUUACAACCAACACAGAGGAGGUGAUGACCGAUCAGGUAGACUAUUUAACCAAGCUUGCCUUAUCUUGUACAUCUAAAGCUCUGCUCUAUAGCUAUCCUGUACUUCUUUAUAGUUAUUCUGUAUAUCUAUAGCUCUGCUCAAAAGCCAGUCUGCCUUCAACAACAAGCCACUACACACCUUGUUAAGAUAAUGUUGGUUGGUUGCACAGUCAUCACUGCCACAGUCACUGAUGCUUCUUGCGUCAAUGGCACCCUGGGCGAGGCCCCCUUCCAGCGCUCAUCACUCCAGAUCACCUCCCCACAACACAGGGAUAGAUCAUAUAUCAACAUAUGGGACAAAGUGAAGGUUACGUAUAUGGAGUGGAUUUAAUUGUGUGGAUGCAUGAAGAGCACUGCUUAAUGCAUUUAUUUAACUCUAAAACCAGUUUAUUCUCAAGAGAAAUCUCACCCUUUUCAGAACCACUACCGAUGAAGACACAAAAACGCUGGCUUCAUCAAUGGCGCCCUGUGCGUGAUACAUGAUGCACAUAUGCCAGAAAUCACCCCUUUCCUCACAGAUUAUGUGAUGUUGCAAAUAGCGACGGCUCAAAUUGUACCUCAAAUGUUUUCUCACUUCCUUGUCUACAUUUACAGACAUGUCCACUUGUGAUGUCCAAUUGUCUCCCAUCAUACCUGUCUCCCAUGCCACUUUCCAUAAGGGGUGCCACAAAUAUCGUGUCCAGUAAGCGUGGGCGAUACUACUGAUUUAAAUAGAGGGUCAGGAUUGCAGAUACCAAUACUUUUUACUCAAGAUCAUUACAUGAUUUUGUGAUUUUGCCUUUAAAUAAGAAUAAAACAUAUGACAAAAAAACUAUAUUUAUCAACAAACAAUAUACAAACAAAAUACAACAAUGUACAUUAUCAACAAUAUAAUAACAUUCUAUUUAUUAAAUACAAUUGUUUGAAUUAAUUAAAGUCUGAAGUAAAAACUACUAUUGGCUGUAGAUGAUGAUAAACAAAAUGUGUACAACACAACAACAAAGAUAUUUGUAAAAAUUACAAAAAGAAAAACUAAAAAUAUAAACUUUUCCAUGAUGUCGCUUCAAACACUGCCUCAACUUACAGGACACAUGGCAAUAGCUUCACUGAUAAACCUCCAUCUUUUUUUUCCAUUAGUUCUGCCUUUAUAAAUAAUUUCUACUACACCAAUACAGAUUUUUAGUGGGAGUUUGUUGCUUGUAGCAGUCUUGUGCCCUUGUGUAGACUGGCAUAUUUCUCCCACUGUAUGGACACUUGUGUUUUAUUUGCUGGAAUAAGUUUGUACCACCCAUACUCAGCAGCACACUUUGAUAUUACACUACUGAGUGAAAUCACGGUGGCAAGUAUUGGCAGCACAGUAUUUGGAGAGUCAGUUAGGUUGACCAGUUUUGUCCAGAGCUGUCAGUCUUGUGUUGGGCCCUCAGCGUCCAGCAAUGGAGUGCGUGGCUUGCCUCCAGGUCUUUUCCAACCUGUGGCGGAAAAUUAACAGGAUUGUGUUGUCUGGUCUGGACUCUGCCGGCAGAAAUUAAAUAACCAUCUUAUGCGUGUCUGUGCUGUGAGAAAGGAUGCGGUGUGCAGACGUGCAGGCUCUCAUAACUGGUUCAGACCACCUGAUGUUCUCAUUGGUCCUGAGGGGAUCUUUUUUUUAUGUUGUUCAAAAGAUAUCUUUCUGAACCAUAGAGAAGGAUCUCACACACUGUGAGAGAUUGUAUUGUGUUGUCGAAGAGGUUUCCAGAUUGACUAAAGUUAAUUAUCUGUGGAUGAUCUCCGAUUUCACGUCAAAAUCUUGGCUCACAGUGGGUCCCAGAUACACAAAGUUUUGGAAGUCACAACAGGCUGAACAACUUUGCCACCUAUCACACAAAUCCUUCACUUUAUCUUAGACCAGCUUAACUGAAGGCCAAGCUUCUCUGUCUCUUCCACGUUGAACACAAUGAUAUGGUCAGCAUACUCCGUGUGGACCGGGUGGUAGACACACACUUGGGAUCUUUGACCAGGUGGUCUAUGACACAAUUAAAGAGGUUUGGGGGAGCCCAGAGUCUUGUUGCAUGCCACUGAAUAUGGUGAACCACUCAGAAUCGUUGCCGUGUCUAUGCAGAGACAGCUCUUUUGUGAAGGGAAGUGUUUUUAAAGUUCAAAAGGUGCCCUGAGAUCUAUGAAUCUGUUGUAAAGAUGGUGGUCCUAAACUCAUGGGAUUAUUAUUAUAUUGUAUAUAUUAUAAAUGUAUUACAAACCCUGUUUCCAUAUGAGUUGGGAAAUUGUGUUAGAUGUAAAUAUA